AGAGAUGGAAAGAUGUCAUGAAGGAAAUGAUUGCUUUGUAAAACUGGGGUAAGCUUCUGGAAAUAUCUUAAUUUUAAAAGCUACAUUAAGGUUCUCAACCCACCAUCAUGGUUUUUCUUUGAAUAGCUUCGUGAGAAAUGGGCCUGAAUCACUCCAGGGCUCACCCUCGGGUGACCAAAGUCACCCCUUUGCAAAACAAACAAGCCAAGAUUCCCUCAGCUGGCUCUACGCACUUGUCAUCCAGUCAGAAGUUGGAAGAAAAGAGUUCCUAUUCAUUUGAAAAACUGCAGGAUGGGAAUAAAGCUUUGGAAGAGCAGCUACCACCUCUGCGAGAAUCCUGGUACAGAGGACCUUCUGCAGUCCUUCAAGUACCCACGGCCAUGUAUUUUGACAUCCCACUGGAACCUAGAGAAACAAGUAUUAUUAAAAGGCAUCCACCCCGAAGACUUCAAAAGCUUGAGACCAUUGACCUGCCACAAGUAACUACCUCUGAAAGGUUCCUGGGCCGGCAAGAAGCCAGGACAAGGCACAAUGCAAAGGAACUAGAAAAGAAAAUGCCAACUUCCAUUUAUACUUCUGGGAAAAGACAAUAUUUGCAUAAGAUGCAGAUGCUGGAAAUCAACCGUAAAAGACAAGAGGCCCAGGUGGAACUGAAGAAAAAUCUUCCCAGGGAAGCAAAGAACAAUAAGCAAAAACAGAGAAAUCAUAAAGCCAAGAAAACACUUGAAAGCAUUCCAAAGAAUGGAGACUAUGAUGUUCUAACCAUAUUGCCUGAUGAAACCAUGAACAGACGUUCAGGAAAUUCUCAUGCUACAGAACUUUUGGACUAUCAAGCAAGAAAUGAGUAUUAUCACCAACAAAAUGGCAAAAUGGAAACAUGGCUCCAUGAAAAAGAGGCUGGGAGACAGCUCCUUUGGGACAGUUGGAGCUCAAACUCAGAUGAGCUGGAGAAAGAUGAGACAAAACCACGCGCUCUUGUGAGAACUAGGACUGAGAAAAUCCUACUUUAUGAUGAGUUUUUUGACCAAGAAUAAGAAUGCCACUCACUCCCCCCAAAUAGUGAGGGUAUUGAAAGCUAGGUUUUCUGGUGAAAACUAAAAUCCAUCAAGUUCGCAUAUGAAUCUCAAAGUGAUUCACUCUGGUAAACUAUGGGGAUUACAGCGGGUAUCACACCCGCUGUUCACCUCGGCUGUAGAACCGCCUCCACACUGACGGGCUGAAACAACCAUCAUUUUCUUCCUCACCAUUCUGUGUGUGGUUGGGCCAACAAGGUGGCUCUUCUGCUGGUCUCUGCACAUCUGUCAUGUAGUUGAAAUCAGACAGUGACUAGAUCUGUAGUCCUUUGAAGGCCCGAUCAGGAUAUGGUGCCAACUGCACCCUGCCAGCUCUCCAUGCCUCUUCACAAAGGUCUCCAUGACAGGGUAGUGAAAUUUCCUGCAUACCUGCCCAAGCCUCUAACUAACAAACUCUGCCAAUCUCUAGUCAGAGAACCGACUCUACACUUCUGCCACAUCCUAUUUUGUGGAAGCAAGCUGUGUGCCGGAUGCUAGCCAAUGAAAAGGGUCUAUACAAGGGCACACUGGCAUCCAUUUUCAGACCCUCCACUACACUAUACUUUUAAGAAUAAAUUAGAACCUAUAAAACAAUACAAAUACAAAUAUGCAUUGAUAUAAAUAAAGUGUUGUUUUAAAGAAAAGUCAGUGAUGCUAUGCUAAGUACUCAGCUCACUUAGGCCACAUUUUCAUAAGUUUUACAUAACAGAAAAACCUCAAAAAAAAAGAUGUGGAAUAAUGUCUGGCAUAUCAGACCAUUGUGAAUUAAAACUCAAAAUAUUAAUACUUCUCAGAUUAUAAAGUAGAUUUUAGAGUUUUUUAAAAACUGAAUAGAGUUAGGCACUGGUGGCUCAUGCCUGUAAUCCUAGCUACUCAGGAAGCUGAGA